AAUUUUGAAAUAAUUCGACGGAAUUGAAAAGUGUCACAAUCACUCUGGGAGUAAAAUUUCUUGACUACUCUAGCUUUUCACCAAAACCCCACUUCAAUUCUUUUCUUUUAGGUUCACACCCACCAUUUUCUCUCUCUUUCCUGCUUCUUUUGUUUAAUUUUUUCUUGUAUGAUUAAGGAAUGCACACCAACUGUUCGAUGAAUUGCCUCAACAUCUUCUGAUAACAAAGUGUAUUUUUUUUAGAAAGAUGGAGGAUCAGCUCGCAAAACAAACAUCGAUUUUCGGGAUACGAUUAUGGGUUGUAGUUGGUGUUUCUGUGGGUGCCGCCAUUGUUAUCUUCCUCUUUCUUAUGUCUCUUUGGUAUAUCUCAAAGCGCAACAAUAGCAAGUCAAAAAGGAAGACGCAAUCUCAACUAAUACCCACCUCUAAUACAACAAUUACCCCAGUUUUAUCAAAGGAAAUCCAAGAGAUUACUCUUGCGAAAUCAGCUCAUCAACCGCAACCCAACCCGUCCAGUGACCCGGACAGAAUUAUGGGGGUUGAUAAUCGGAGCUUGAUUGCAAAAUCAGGAGGGGAGGAAAGAAUCCAAAUUGAGAAGGAUAAAUUUGGUGGGUCAUCAUCAUCGGCGGCGUCGGCGGGUGGUCGGAAUUUGGUUGAUCAUCAGGUGGCUACAGUUGUUCCAGAAGUUUCCCAUUUAGGGUGGGGCCGUUGGUACACUCUUAGAGAGUUAGAGGAUGCUACUAAUAGGUUUACUGACCAGAAUGUCAUUGGUGAAGGUGGUUAUGGUAUUGUUUAUUAUGGUGUAUUAGAUGAUAAUACCCAGAUUGCUGUCAAAAACUUGCUCAACAACAAGGGACAAGCUGAAAAGGAAUUCAAGGUUGAAGUGGAAGCAAUUGGGCGAGUUCGGCACAAGUGUUUAGUUAAAUUGUUGGGUUAUUGUGCUGAAGGAGCACAAAGGAUGCUUGUUUAUGAGUAUGUUAAUAAUGGAAACUUGGAACAAUGGCUUCAUGGGGAUGUAGGUCCUUGCAGCCCCAUCACAUGGGAGAGCAGGAUGAACAUCAUCCUGGGAACAGCAAAAGGGUUAACUUAUCUUCAUGAGGGACUUGAACCAAAGGUUGUUCAUCGGGACAUAAAAUCGAGCAACAUAUUACUUGACAAGCAGUGGAAUGCUAAGGUUUCUGACUUUGGGCUUGCAAAGCUUCUUGGGUCCGAUCACAGUUAUGUAACAACUCGUGUGAUGGGAACAUUCGGCUAUGUUGCCCCCGAGUAUGCAAGUACUGGCAUGUUGAAUGAAAGGAAUGAUGUGUAUAGUUUCGGGAUCCUCAUUAUGGAAAUUAUUUCUGGGAGAAGUCCGGUUGAUUACAGCCGCCCACCAGCGGAGGUGAACUUAGUUGAUUGGCUUAAGAUGAUGGUUACAAAUAGGAAUCCAGAGGGAGUUUUGGAUCCCAAACUAUCUGAAAAACCUGCAUCCAGAGCACUCAAGAAAACUCUACUGGUAGCCUUACGCUGUGUUGAUCCGAAUGCACAAAAGAGGCCAAAAAUGGGUCAAGUUGUACAUAUGCUUGAAGCCGAGCAAGAGUCUUCCUUUAGAGAUGACCGCUCACGGAUAUCAGGAAGGCCGAUUGUUGAGAGCGAUCACAAAGAAGCAACAACACUGAAGCAGGUAAAUGAAUAGAGAAUUAAAAAACUGAAACAGACUUCAGUAUCAGUAUCCUAUAUUGCAAGUUUCCACGACACAGAAAGGCGAAAUUUUUGCCAAUGAAAUGAAUUAAAGCCGAAUAUUUUUUUGUUUUGGUGUUGCAUUGUCCAGUUCAUUCAUGGUGUUGGUCCUUACCAUAAUUCUCUUUUUUGCAAACCAGAUUCCCCUUCUUCACACUUCUUUUGAAUAGCCUCAAUUCUAUGUAGACAAGUUUUGUAAAGUGAAUCUUAAGUAAUGCUAGUUGCCUUUAGAGCUGUUAAAAUCGAUGGAAUUUUAUUACAAGAUCCUUAUAUCAUGUCA